AUGGGCUGCUGUCAAGGAAUUAAUUUUGAAAAAUCUGAGUUUGCAAUACCGAGCUAUGAGGCUGCUAUGAUAAUGAGAGAAAAAAGAAAGUCACUUGAUGAAGAAUUUGAAGAUAUAAGUCUUAUUUCUAGAAGAGUGACUCAAGGAGAUGUCGAAUAUUUCGAUGAAAAAACAGAGUGCAAUUCAAAAUUUAUAAUGGAUUCGUUUAUGACCAAUACCUUUACGAUGAGAAAUGACUUUGAGUCAGCUUUUCUUGUGUCUGACUCAGUGUUUCUCAGCAGUAGAGAUCUUAUUAGUUUUAUUAAACAAGACAUAGGUAAAUUAUCUGCUUAG